GGCAAGGCAUUGAGACCGUCCAAUCCGUGGGUUUGUAGUAUGCAUGCGUAACAUUAUUUUGGAUGUUUCUGCCUGAACCAACACGACCCGUCCUGGGUACCUACAACUCAAGGCUUUCUUGUGCAGCUUUUGCGCACUGUCCGUGUCUGCUACCAGCCAUACCUAAUGCUGCGGCUCAAGGUCCUCGUCCGACCAAUGCCGCCGCAGAAUGACAUUGGCAGCGAACCAUCUAUACAGCAAUGGACCUGAAAUUCAAGGCGCAUUCGGGGUCGACGCCCUCCCUCUCACCACCGUCGCACACAUCAUAUCCUUCCUCGACGACGAUGUCGGCUCCCUCGCCCGGCUAUGUCGGACCUCGAAGGUCCUCUAUUACAUGACCCUUCCACACUUGUGGAAGCGUGUCGCUCUGAAAUCACACAGUACGGUACACUAUCGAGAUAAUAUGCCCGAAGGGCUGGGCAGUGCUAGUCCGUUCUCCAUGGGCCUGAAUGCCCUGGUCACCCGGCAUGUCUCGAAUCUGGUGCGGUCACUGGUCCUGGAAGGGGACUUCAAGGUCGCCGAUCUGGAAGAGUAUGCGAGAGCCAGUCGCAUCUCCGAGAGCACCAUGAUUCUCAACAUUGCGGUUCGGGCGGCAAUAGACCAGUGUCUACACCUCGAGAGUUUCAAGUGGGACCUGAAUGUUCGCAUACAGCCAAACAUGUACGCUGGUCUGGCGAAGCUGUCCAGACUGGAGUCUUUAUGGUUGCGAUGUCCAGCACGAAGAUCUCCGCAGCCGUCGAGCGAAAUCCCCCCUCUUCCUGGUUUGAAGUCCUUCACGCUCACACACUACGAUCCACUGUGUUAUCCGGACGACGUAUCAACAUUCUUCCUGCACGCCCACAGACUCGAGACUCUCAACAUGCAUUUCUCGCCUCGCAUGAGAGACGAGUGCGAACCAUCGGUCCACUUGACCCGUAUACUCCGCAAGAACAUUGCUGCCAAAAAGCAACUCCACAUCAAGCGGCUGGGCCUGUAUAACCUGUUUGCAGAUGCAGCCAGUGCGGAAUGCGAAGAAGUAAUGGAUAUUAGUGGCAGCCAUACCAUCACUGUUCUGAACUCUUUCGGUCUAGAUGAAGACGACGCGGCCGCACAUCGCAGCGCCACGCACUUCAUCGACCGUACCUGGAUGGUCCACACGGCCAAGGAAAAGCAUCCCCCAAAGUCAAUUCGCGUCGACCACGUGAGCAAGUUCCAUGCGUUGCAUCUUAGCCAGGCCGUAGGCAUGGAAAGGUUGUAUCUGAUCAAUGCCCGGCAUAAGCCCGAGGGUACCACCAAUGGCACCAUCUCGCCCUCGCCUGGGGAACCAUCGCCCAGCACAUCAAGUGGCACGCCCACGCCGACCACGAUCUUGCGCGACUUAUACCUCGACGGUAUCUGUGGUGUCUGCGGUCCGACGUUGAAGCAUUUAAUUCUGCCGGCACGAUGGUGUCUCCCCGCGCCAUUGACAGCCAAACUCGUCCGAUCUUGCCCGAACCUCACACAACUAAGCGCUUCGAUCGAGUGUGACGACAUGGGAGUACUGAGAUUGAUCUUCCCCUUCUUGUCUAAGCUAUGGGCUAUCCGUGUCCUCCAGCCGAAGCUCGAAGGCGAGGAUGGCGAAAAGCGUGUCGCAGCCUUCAACUCUUUUAUCAGUCGACCAGACUGUAUGCACGAGUCGAAGCUGGAGGGUGCCCUGUCACAACGUGGUCCAGCCGGUGGCGUCCCUGACUUCCCGGCGUUGAGAUACAUUGGUCUGGGCCACAAGAUAUGGGAAAUUGGCGGUGUCUUUGAGGAGGUUGUGCAGACUCCUAUCUCUCAAGGAGGUGCGAUCGGGUCACAUACGCCUGUCCCGGAGACGUCGCGCGAAGAGAUCGUGUAUAAGCGGAGGAUACGAAGGAUCGACGAGAAAGACGUUGCGCAUGUGGAAAUUUGGAACAUGGAUUCAACCGAUAUUAUAUAAUUGAGACGAUUAAUUCGACACUGGGACAACGGGCAUCUA